AAUUGACAAUAAUUAAUAAUAAUGUGUAAGAUAACAUCUUAAUAGUUAAAGGAACUACUUAUAUUAUUAACAUCUGUAGGAACAAAGGACAUGAUAUAUAGAUAUCCAUGUAUGGACUGAUGUCAGCCCAUGGAUGGAUGUCUUCAUGUAUGAUAUAUAAAUAUCCAUGUAUGGACUUGUUGUCAGAGCCCGUUAACUCAAUAUCCUCAGCACCCACUCACGCGAUCUGCACGUGCCGAGCGUUCGUCUUUUUGAACUCUGGUCACUUAGAAAUUCCAACGGUUAGUAUUCCGUCAGAGAGAGAGAGAGAAAGAGAGAGAGCGAGCGAGACACAGAUGGGUUUGAAGAAGGAAAAGGGCAAAUCCUCUGAGGUCAAUCGCAAGGUGAUCCAAGGAAAAGGCUUCGCCAGCAACGAUCACUGGGAUUUUCUGGAAGAAAUUGAAGCCCCGAUGUGGGCAGAUCUUACUAUGGAAGCUCGAUCCAUGGGCAAAGACAUUGAUGAUGCUUGGUUUCGGGUAUCACAUCCGAUCCAUCAAAUGUCGUCCCGACAACUCAAGAAAUUGUUUCAGAGCAUUGGCAAAGAUGAAGAUAGCUCACACACUUCGCAGUGCCACUCUCCAAAAGUUCCCGAGUCUGUCUCAAGAUCUAGAGGCAAGCAUUACAAAUGCAGGAAGUGGUUAGGAAAUGCUCAUGGUUCUUUGGCUGCAAGGCAACAUCCGGUUAGGGAAUUGGGUGGGAAAAGCUUGGAUGCAGUAACGAAUAAGGCUACUUCCUGGAACAGCUCAAUGAGCACAGUCACAAUGAGUUCAUCUUCCAGAAAACCAUUAAAGGGCUCAGCGGAUGAUAACCAGAACUCCGUUGUUGAGUCCAAUGCUGCAGCUGAAAGAAGCUCAUCAAGCAGUGUUGUUUCUAAGUGCCAAAAGUUAAGACCAAAGUCGAGCUUUGGAGGUCCUAGAAACACUAAGAUUGGAACUUCUAAUGUGGCCGGCAAAACUUCUAGCAGCAGGAAUACAAGAUACUCCACAAGAGAGAUAACAAAGAGUGAAAAUCUCUUGCAGAAUCGCAAUUCUUCUGCAGGUAAAUCUAGUGUAGGUUCCUCUUACUCCCAUGGAAACAUUCUCAACAAUGCCAACACUACUACAAUGCCAAAAAAUGGAAGGACCAAGAAAGUGUUAGGUACUGCAGUAAAAGUGCAAGAAAUGCAAAUUAAGGCCAGAACUCAAUGUUUGCAGCAUCAAAAUAGAGCAAGUGGUGCUAAAUUUGUCAGCCAAGAAACGAAAUCCAAGGUUUUAAAUCCAACCUCAACCAGGAAAACUUUAAGUCAGGUUAAUGGACCAAGACCACAAAAAAAAGGACUUGCAACAAAGCCGAGACCAAUUGCUGGUGCUGUGAAAAAGGAUCUCAUCUCUGUUUGGAACAAAGAGAAUACUAUUGACGGGAAGAUACAGCGUCCCAGAUAUGGAAAGUGAAACUCACAUUACAAGUAAAACCCUGGAAUAUCGCAAGAGAAACUCGACAGCUGAACUUUCUGUUGCUUCACAUGUAUAGAGAUGAUUCCCUUUUUUUCUCUGAUUCCCUAUGAAAACAAUAGUUUUCUAAAUCUGAGGAAAACAUAUGGAAGUUUUUGUUCAGUAAUCAAAAUUUUACAUUUGUCGGUUUUUGCUGGUUAAUCUCAUUUGUGAUUGUGCAUUUUUCUAAAUGGUAAAAACAGAUACUAAUCAAUAUGAUUCUCCAUGAAAGAGGUCAAGUUUGUUGUACUGGAUGAGUCGUAUAUCAAAUUGUAAAUAUGGCAA